UUAAAGUCACUGUCAUACUUGGGUUUACAUGCGACUUCCUGGACUGAUGGAUGCACCUUGCAGCGCCUCAUCCUCAAAUAGGGGCUGUUACUUUCCUCUUUGUGACUGCUCGGCGAGCUGCGUGAGUGCCGAAUCUUUAGUCGUCUGCAAGGGCUAAGUGGAACAACGCUGCAGUCUCCUCUUGUGCAUGGAUCAAAUGCACUAACACCACACUGUCUCUGGGUGCUAUGCACAUGUUUAAGAAUAUCGGGGAGAUGCUGGGACACGAGGACUCUUACCUGGACCUUUAGCAACAUUUAUUCCUCCUCGGUGAAGACUUGCGUCUCGAGACACUGCUCUUUACGCAGCGGUGGUGUCGCUAAUUGAAGCGCCAAAAGAAGAAAAACUCAACACUUGUGGCUUAUUGUUUGUUCGUGGACUUGCACCAUUUUACAAUGUGGAGAUUACUGCAAACGUGUUUGUACUGCUGCUGGAUUUUGUCAGUGGUCGUCCCCUCCUCCGUUUUGUUAUGGGCCGAGUGUCAUCCCGUUUUGACAGGAAACCAAGCUGAGUCCUGUGCCCCUGUCCAAGGCCUUCGUACAGCCAGGGCUGGAGAGACACGACUGAGGAGAGCUGCCACUGAAGAGACCUACUGGGCAUACUCAGGUAUAUAUGGACCAGAUGAAGGCUGGGCAUCAGCCUACCCGGAAUGUAAGGAGAAAAACCAGUCACCAAUCAACAUUAUUGACCAAGACGCUAAAAUGUCCACCGAGUUUCAGGAAAUUACCCUGGAAGGCUUUGAUACAGAAUCUUCAAAUAAGACAUCAAUGAAGAACACUGGCAAAACAGUUGCCAUUAUGCUCAAAGAUGACUACUUUGUGAGGGGAGCAGGCCUACCGGGGAGAUUUAAAGCUGAGAAAGUGGAAUUUCAUUGGGGGCCAAGCAACGGAUCAGAAGGCUCUGAACAUAGCAUCAAGGGCAGACGUUACCCAGUGGAGAUGCAAAUCUACAUGUACAACUCAGAUGACUUUGACAGCCUUAGUGCAGCUCUUCGGGAGAAGAGAAUCAUCGCUGCCAUGGCAGUUUUCCUUCAGGUCAGCGGAAGAGACAACCCUGCUGUUGAUCCUAUUAUUCAUGGCUUAAAGGGUGUAGUCCAUCAUGAAAAAGAGACUCUCUUGGAGCCUUUUGUCCUAAAGGAUCUGCUGCCGUCGUCGUUGGGCAGUUACUAUCGUUACACUGGUUCCCUGACGACUCCUCCCUGUAGUAAAAUUGUGGAGUGGAUCAUUUUCAGCCGACCAAUAUACGUCUCUUUCAAACAGUUAGAGGCUUUUUACUCAAUCUUCACAACGGAGCAACAGGACCAUGUAAAAUCGGUGGAGUAUUUACGCAGCAACUUCAGACCCAUUCAGAGCCUGGACAAUCGACAUGUUUUCAAGUCAGCAGUCAAAGACGCCUGGCUGCCUGAUAUGUCUCACAGUGGAAGUGGGCCUUUUGGCACUGAGUCUUCUCGAGUGUGCAGCAGUGCGCCCGUGAACAUGAAGGUGCAGCAUGUGAAUGUAAGCGCCCUGGUGGUUCGUUGGGCACGUCCAGAGGUCAUCUACCACCCACCUAUCCUCCACUUUCUGGUAUCCUACAGCUGGACAGCUCAUGACGACAGCUUUGAGGAGACACACCUCACUGAUGCGAAACAUAAACUGGAGGCUGUCAUCUCCCAUGUCUCACCGGAUGUGCUGUACCUUUUUCGGGUCCAGGCUGUCUGCACUAAUGACAUGCGCAGUGAUUUCAGUCAGAGUAUGCUCUUCAGAGCAAACACCACUAGGAUCUUUGAGGGGACACGGAUUGUAAAAACCGGAAUGCCAACAGUUUCACCAGCCUCUUCAGCUGACAUGGCCCCUAUCUCCUCUGGUUCGUCUACCUGGACCUCUUCAGGCAUUCCGUUCUCUUUUGUCUCCAUGGCGACAGGAAUCAGCCCUUCCUCCAGUGGUAGUCAGGCAACAGUGGCAUCUGUGGUGACCAGCACUUUACUUGCCGGACUCGGCUUUAGUGGAGGAGUCAUUUCCUCUUUUCCUAGCUCAAUUUGGCCAAGCAGAGUAAGCGCACACAAUCUCACACCACAGACCAGUAAACACACCAUGCCGAGCAAGGAUGUCAGCACUCACUUAGAGCAAGAGAGCAGUGAGACUGGAAGUAAAGGCAGUGGCAAUGAAAAGGAUACAGCUGAGGAUAGAGAAAGGGAAGUAAAAGAUAAUGAGGACGAAGAGGAAAAGAACAAAAAUGAAAAGAAACCAAAGAAGCGGCCAAUAGUGUUGGUCGAGAAAGGGAAAAAGUAUGACUGUGUGAUUGGGAAUGAUCCUGCCUGUGAGAAACCUGACGCUACUGCAAAGGAGAAAGACGAGUAUACAGCAGAUCCAACUAAUAGGCCACCUGCUGUAGAAGACCAGCGGGUGGUCUUCAACCUCAGUCAAUUUGUCCGUAACUACACAGCUUUAACCACAUUCCUGGUUCUUGAGUGGUACCCAUUGACGCUUAAGCUGCGACAAGGGGAGAUCCGGGAGCAUUGGCCUGUCUCCAUCCAUACUGUGACCAACUGGACCUACCAAUUGAGAAAUAGUUCACGGCAGGACCGUGUGCACUGGAUGACUUCUUUGCUGGUGCUAUCAACACUUUUCUUCAUUUGCCUUGCUCUGCUGCUUGCCGUAUUCAUACGGUGGAGGAUGAACGCUUUUUGCUCUCUGCUCUGUAUCAAAUACAGGCGUUGUUUCCAGACUACACAUCUCUAUGUAGAGGACGGCAGUUCAACCGGGAUGUUGGCCAAUGAGACAGUGCCUGUUGCCUCCAUCCCAGAUGACAAAGUAAUUCGAGUGAACCAAUUCAUCAAGCAUGUCUCAGAACUCUCUGCAAAUAACUUGCAUGGAUACUCGCAGGAUUUUGAGGAGGUUCAGCGCUGCGCUGCAGAAAUGAAGAUCACAUCAGAAAACUCCAACCAUCCUGAAAAUAAGCAUAAGAAUAGAUACAUCAAUAUAGUGGCCUAUGACCACAGCAGAGUGAAGUUGAGAAUGUUAGUGGGAAAGGAUUACAAACACACUGACUACAUCAACGCCAACUAUGUGGAUGGUUACAAUAAGCCCAAGGCAUACAUUGCAGCCCAGGGCCCACUCAAGUCUACUUUUGAGGAUUUUUGGCGGAUGGUGUGGGAGCAGAAUACUGGCCUCAUUGUCAUGAUCACUAACUUAGUUGAAAAAGGACGAAGAAAAUGUGACCAAUACUGGCCAACAGAGAAUAGUGAAGAAUAUGGCAACCUGAUUGUGACACUGAAAAGCACCAGCGUUUAUGCCUGCUACACUGUUCGACAUUUCACACUGCGUAAAACUAAGAUGAAAAAGGGUGGAAAGGGGCAGACAAAGACACAGGCCCAGUGUGAGCGGAACGUGCUUCAAUACCAUUAUACACAGUGGCCCGACAUGGGUGUUCCUGAAUAUACUUUGCCUGUACUCACAUUUGUUCGCCGAUCAUCUGCUGCCCAAAUGCCUGAUAUGGGACCGAUCAUUGUCCAUUGCAGUGCAGGAGUGGGCCGCACAGGGACCUAUAUCGUCAUUGACAGCAUGCUGAAGCAGAUCAAGGACAAGAGCACUGUUAAUGUACUCGGCUUUCUCAAACACAUACGUACUCAACGCAACUACUUAGUCCAGACUGAGGAGCAAUAUGUAUUUAUCCAUGAUGCUUUGGUGGAAGCCAUUCUGGGCAAAGAGACUGAGGUUGCAGCCAGCCACCUUCAUCGCUACACAAAUACAAUCAUGAAACCAAGACACAAUGGUCAGACACGUGUGGAGAAACAGUUUAAGUUAAUUACACAGUGCAAUGCCAGAUUCAUGGAGUGCUUCAGUUCUCAGAAGGAGUGCAACAAAGAGAAAAACAGAAUUUCCUCAGUGGUACCAUCGGAACAAGCAAGAGUGAGCUUAGCACCUUUACCUGGAAUCAAGGGAAGUGAUUACAUUAACGCCUCAUAUAUCAUGAGUUAUUACAGAAGUAAUGAAUUCAUCAUUACCCAGCAUCCUCUACCCCAUACCACAAAAGAUUUCUGGAGAAUGAUCUGGGACCAUAAUGCGCAAAUCAUUGUCAUGCUGCCUGCCAACCAUGGACUGGCAGAAGAUGAGUUUGUAUAUUGGCCAGGUAUGGAGGAGGCCAUGAACUGCGGAGCCUUUACUGUCACCCUUAUCAGUCAGGACAAACUUUGCUUGUCCAGCGUGGAGCAGAUCAACAUCCAUGACUUCAUCCUGGAAGCUACACAGGAUGAUUAUGUAUUAGAGGUGCGUCACUUUCAGUGCCCCAAGUGGCCAAAUCUUGACAUGCCCAUCAGCAGCACCUUUGAACUUAUCGACAUCCUCAAGGAAGAGGCUGCCAUCCGUGACGGACCAACCAUCAUCCACGAUGAGUUUGGAGCAGUAUCAGCAGGUUUGCUGUGUGCCCUCACCACACUUUCUCAGCAACUGGAAAGUGAGGGGGCUGUCGAUGUUUAUCAAGUUGCCAAGAUGAUCAACCUAAUGAGGCCAGGAGUCUUCACAGACAUGGAUCAGUACCAGUUCCUGUAUGAAGCCCUCCUCAGCCUUGUCCACACCAAGGAGGGCAGCUUUGGUUCUCUGGACAUUAACCGGACCUUGGAUUCCUUGUCAGAUCAGUCGGUCAAGGCCGAAAGUCAAGAAUCACUUGUGUGAGGACCACAACGGGACUGAUGAUAUUGUGUCUCCAAACAACUUGCACCCCCUUGACUCCCGGAGUGCUCAAAGGAGGCAUUUAACUUUUUAAGCCGUCAAAGAACAAUUGUUAACUUUUUGAGGCCUUUUUUGCCAGACUGUUGGUUAAAAUAAUAUGAUUACUUUUUUACACUGAUAUAAACAAAUAUUUGAUAUUUAUUUUUUGGUCUUAAUGUCCUCUAAUUGACUGGUUUACACCUGCGUUUUUAAGUUUUACACUGCGUGGGCAGGCAAAGAGAUACACCACUCUGUCGUUUCUUGUUUGCACUAUAUAAUGUCAAUGUUACCUGCCUAUGCUGAAGCCCACACGUGGCUUGCGCAAGUUGAUUGUUUUGACAUUCCUCAACCUUGUUCUCUGCUAUGCCACCUUCACCUUUCAGAUAAGGACUCUGACAAUUUCCAGUGGAUUCAAAUCCACUGAAGGAGGUCUAUCUCACCUCAGCGGCUGAUGUUCAACUGCAAUAAUGUCUUCGGUCCUGCUUUUCUGGCCAACUGCAUUAGCAACCACAGUCAUUACAAACAAUAUUUACCACUACUGAGCUCAUGUUUUCAAAUGUUUUUCUUUUUUGGUUUUUGCUUUGUUCUGUUUAAUUUUUUUCUACAUUCUUGUUAGCUUAUCCAAAAACAGAGUAGUAAUGGGUGGUGUUACAACUGUGAACUUGAAAUCUUUUUGUAAGUCAACCUCUGAUUUUGUAUAUAUGGAAACACUAUGUAUGCAUUAAUGCAUAUAUUAUCAUAACUCUUUUUAACAAGUGAUUUGUGACCACCCACCGCAGGCUGGCUUAUUUUAGCUCUCAUUGUAGUCAACAGUAUUCACAGCCGCUAUCCCGCCCUUCUGCUCUUUUUAUGUGUAUGCUGCUAAAUUGUCACACUUCACCUACGCUUAACACUGCUAAUUCUCAUCUCGUGUAAACCAUUCUGCUAAGCAAGCAUGCAUUAAGACAACUGUUUUUGAAACUCUCUCUGGUCAUAAGAUGGUGAAAAAGGCUUGCUAUAGAAUGGACAUUCUAUGAUAUGCAAGUGAAUAUAAUACUCGACGAGUUCUAUGCAACCGGUUGAAGAAAACCAAAACAGGGUGUGAUUCUCAGUGUUAACUGUUACUGAUCGUCUGACCUCCUUCGUGUUGUCUUAGUACAAACCAGAGGCGGUUAAUUUAUGUUCUUUUAACCAAUUACCCUGAUGUCUGUCCAACUUCAUUAGCGUGUGAGCUAAAACAGAAGCAAAACAGAUAUUUUUUUCCCCUAUUGUUUUGAUAGAUGAUUGUGAAUCCUAAUUUUGGAGGGAUUGAGUUUAUCUGAUUCUUUGCCAUGUCUUCGGUUGCCAAAGUUACGGGGUUACAGUUGGCUGAUUUCCACAACACUUUUUCAUGUGCAAAUUGACUCACAUAUACCAUCAUACUUACUAUAUUUCAUUUUAUUUCUAAUAAAUGUGGUAGUUUUUUCGUUGUUUUUUCAUACAAAUAUCUACUGAAACGUCUUUACUGCGUUAGUGUAGUUUAGUCAUACACUACGAAGUCAUGUACCUACUCAAAUUGAGCUCAGUAGGAAACCGAGGACUCUCCCUCUGUACAGUAGUUCAAUAUCACAAGAAAUAAUUUAUACAAGGUCCACUACAUGUACUUCUUUUUGCUAAAGAAAAGUCAAAUAAAUUAUUUAUUAUGUCAUCAUUAUAUGGCAACUUAGAUUUACCAGAACUAAAUAUUUUUUCUAGUUCAUGCAAGUUCCUGUCUUUAACACAUAUAAAGUACCAACUAAAAAUAGGAACAGUCAUGUAAAAAAAUAGUGUUUGCUUAUUCCUCAACAAUAUCGUUACAAUUCACUUGCAAGAAUCUGCUUUCCAUUCUUAUCAAGAACAGUAUACUGUACAACCAGAUAAUACUUACCCUUGCUAUUGGAAGUAGGACUUGGUUGCAUUUUGUAUUUAUAAAAUGUUUUGGGUUGUACUAAUUUGGUUUGAUUAUAUGCAUAUAAAAUUCUAUUUCAUUUGCCAGAAUUCUCUGACCUGUUUGAAUGUUUAAUACACUCGAGCAACUCUGCGUUUUUUUGUUGUUUUUUUGUUUUUUGUUUUUUUUGCUUCUCUCUUUCAUUUAUGUAUUUUUUGGGGAAGGGGGUAACAAGUCAAAAUAUGUGAUCUAUGUACAGUCAAUUCAAACUCUUGUGUUGUUUCAACACGCACCAUACUAAAAAAUUAAGAUGUCGUUACUUCUGUUGAGGGAUUCAAAAACACAUUUUGAAACUCGUGUGACCAUUGAACAUUUUAUUUCCUUGCUGAUUUCUGAGCAGUUCUGUUAUUGAGAUUGAGAGUUUUUUUUACAAGUGAAAAAUUUAGGUUUUUACAUUUUGAAUGACUCAUAAACACAACACAAAGCACAGAAAGUGAUAAACAAUGAGGGGACAACUCUAUUUUAAUUUCGAAACACUUUUAAAAAGUUUGCUGGGACUUAUGAGUUCUACAUCCUGAUUGAAACUUCUAUCCUUACACCACAUAUGCAUCCCUUCUAUUUGCCCAGUCAAAUGUGUUAGUUAUCACACCCAGAAACAGACAACAGUACCUAGAUGUCUGUAUAUUUCUUGUUAUCUUUCAAGAAUUUGUGACCUAUUGUAUUUUUUUUUCCAUUUCACAUUUGUGGAUUAAAACCAACAAAAAAGGACUGUAAUUCACACCUGAGAGUCAGAUCUCUAACUCAAUUAGCAUGUGUGUUGUACGGCGCCGAUUACACUAGGUAGCCACACUAGCUACUAAGUUCAAGUAUCGGUACAUAUUGAUAAUGAGACCUUAAAUUGAAAUGUAUACAUUUGUGACAUUAACAAUUGUGCCAUGAAUGACAAGUAUAUUUGAGGAAUUAUUGAAAUUAUUUGAAGUUUGUAUGAUCACCAUAUGCUAGGUUCACUCAUGCUUUGAUUACCUUUAUCAAGAUUCAUAAGUGUUUAUUGCUGCAUAUGAAAUUUCACAUUAUACUUUGAGACAUGUUCCUUACACAUGAGUGGUUACUGCAAGAUAAGAUGAUGUAUCACUUCUUUGGAGAGCAUAGCGAUGUCUUUAAAGCGCACACUCACACAGCUGUACUGUGAAUAAGAAAUGUAUAUAUUUUGCUGCCGCUAAAUGCACCCAAACUUGAGAAUUGUUCAAUGGAUCAGAAGAAAUGCUUGGUCAUUGUUAUUUAUUUUGUUUCAUUUUUACACUUUGACUUGUGGCAGCACUUUCUUUCUUGUCUACACAACAGUCAUUUUCAAUUUACUGAAAAAUGUGUAAAAAAGGUUUGUGGCUUUGGAACAAACUGUUUUAUUUGAUAUUUAAGCCACUUCUGAGUACAUGCGGUUAUAUUUCCUGGAUUUUGGUAAUAAUUAUUAUAUGCCACUUUCCAGCUUUGCACCAUUCAUAUAAAAUCAGUAAUUGUGAUAUUAAGAUUGAGAUGGAUUUCUUUUUUAUUUUCUUUUUGUUAAUAGGUAUAUGAACUCAUUCUACUAGUGUUAUUUAAUAUGUAAAUUGUAUUGCAUACAAUAAAAUAUG